AUGUUCUUUAAUCUGCAGAACACUUCAAAUGAUCUCGAACAAACAACAAAAGACACAAAAGCAGUCACUAUUGAUGCCGAUAAAGAAAGCAGCCGUGUCAGAAAAACAUACUGGGGUUAUCAUCGACAAGGAUCGUGUCAAGCUGGCUUUAGUGCGGCUAUUACCAAGAGUAAAACGUCGAAUUUUGGAUGGUAUGCUAAGAUCUACUUACUUAAAACUUCAUACUUGACAUCACUAACUCAUUAUGCCUUCAAAAGAUUAUUUACAAUUGUUAAACACAAAAGAAAUUCCAAAUCUGGCGAUCGAUUAUUCAUUGGUGCUCCUGGAAGCUGGUAUUGGCAAGUACAAUUUAUAGAACCUUUAAAAAAUGACUUUACUGCAUUUAAUUUAAUUUCUUUUAAACCCCAAAACAAAACACAUUCAGUCUCUUACAUCUCGAUCCCUCCCAUUAUGUCUCGAAAACGUAUAACCCAACAUACGCUAAUUAAUUCUUUGCUGGUUCAGACGAACAUUCAAACUCAGAAACAAUAA